CAAUCUCCCAUCCAGCGCGUCCCCGGGUGGUGGAUAGGGGAAGGCUUCCCAAAUAUGGGUGGUACCGAUGAAAUCAAAUAGUCGGCGCGAACCAAAAUUGGCACUAAGGAGUAAACCUUGGAAAAAAUCUCCCAACGCUAAGCUGUAGACCGUGGCGAGGGUGUGCGUGAGUGCGUGACUCCGGGAAAGAGGGAGCCACAAACGGUCACCCGGCAUCAUGGCGAGGGGUGUGCGGGACGUAGGCGCAAGCAAGGCCUUAGUGAGGUAAGAGCGCACUGCCUCACUGGACACAUUAUUUCGGCCCGACUCGUGGGAAUAGAUGGAAAUUAGCACACAAACAAAUAUUAAUAUAGAAGACACAAAAAUACAAAAACAUAAAGAGAAGGAGGAAAAUAGUAACAAAAUAGAGAUGGAGGAAAAUAGUAAUAAAAUAGAGAUGGAGGAAAAUAGUAACAAAAUAGAGAUGGGGGAAAAUAGUAAUAUAACAACAAACAUAACUGAAGAAAAUGGUAACAGAACACCUGAAGAUAUUGAGGACAAUGAUAACCCUUUUGAAAGACGACCUUCAAUACAUAGAACACCGACAGGACUAAGUAGAUGGCUAAAAAACGAAGAAAAUAGCUUGAAACAGGCCUCCAAGAGGGCAAGACAAGAAACCCCACCCGCAGGGCAAGUAGUAAAGGAAUCAUCAGACAUUCUAGAAAAAAAGCAAAUAAUGACUCGAGUCACAGAAACCAGCAAGGAACUAAUGGCGUUAAUGAGAGAUACACCAAAAACGAAAACUGAAAUAAAAAAUAUUGCCUUAAGCCUGAACAGAAGCGUAGAAUCACUACAACGCAGAAUUAAUGAGUAUGAAGAAGAAAAGACCGAACCACAAGUAAUAAAGGUAAAAAAUCUAAACUCAGUGGGGACCCAAGUUAACGAAGAAGAGCUAAAGAAGGAAAAUAACAAAAGAAAAGAAGAAAUCAAUACUGAAAUAUUGAGUACUCUUGAGACCCAAACUACCAUAGAAAAGCUGAAGAACAUAAUAGACUAUGACUGGCCUGAAGAAGCCUACACGAAAACAAAAAUAAUAAAAGGCGAGCUUGCUGACAUGACAAUUAAUGAGGACGUAGCAUUUAUUACCAAUAUUAACGGAAUAAACACAGAGGAAAUUGGGAAGAAGCACCCAGAAGCAGCACAAAUAAUUAAAGAAGGAUUAACAGAAGGACAAGUGGAAUACAUAAAGAGAAAUAUAAAAAUACAAAGCAGCAAAGGAGAUAUGGGACAAACAAGCAACAUGAAUAUUAUAAUACCUUAUAAAAUGGAUGACACUGGAAUCACAGAAGUGGAAAGCCUUCAUGACAUACUUAUAAAACUGUUGAGACUGCUAGAGACAGAGAAUAAAAACCGUAUAAUAAUUAGUGCUACAGGGGGCUUAAUAGACGGUGACUACUUGAGGAAAUCACUGGAAUAUAUAUUUCACAAAACAGAAAUAAAUGCCUUAAUAUUAGUGAAUAAGGGAAUAAAAAAGAGAAAAACAACACUAGUGCAAAGAAAAGAAAAUCAAACAGAGAAACUGAUCAUUAAAGCAGAAGGUAAAUCAUAUGCAGAAUUGCUUAAAGACGUGAAGGGAACUGUAAAAUUAGAAGAAACCGGGAUAGAAGUUAAGACAAUAAAAAAAACUAAUAGGGGAGACUUGUUUCUGGAGAUACAAGGAAAUAAAGAAAAAGCUGUCGCGCUUAAGGAAAUAAUAAAAACUAGUAAUGCCAAUACAGAUGUCACAAUUAAGACAAACGACAUAAUCCUCCACAUCACAGAUAUUGAUGCCAGUAUCGGAGAGCAGGAACUCAAAAUGGAACUACUAAACAAAAGGCAAGAACUGAAAGAGGAUGAUAUAAAGGUGCUAUCCAUACGUCCCACUCAAAACGGCAACCAAACGGCUACAGUAGCCAUGAAGAAAGAAGUAGCAAUAGAUAUUGCUAAUAGAGGAAAGAUUAAGAUUGGAUGGAUCAAUUGCAGAGUCAGACAAAGAGUGCACAUGACCAGGUGCUUUAGGUGCCUCCAGUUCGGUCAUACAAGAAAGGACUGCCAGGAAGAAGACAGAAGCGACCUCUGCUUAAAAUGCGGAAAAGCGGGACAUAAAGUUAAAGAAUGUGAAAACCCCCCUUUCUGCUUAACAUGCAGGAUAGAAGGACACAGACAAGAUCAGACAAGCUGCCCACAUUAUAGAAAUAUAAUCAGAGAAAGACAAAGGACGCUAUCUACAGCAAGCAGCGUAUUUCGUAGAUAAAAAUAAAUAUAAAAAUACUACAAACGAAUCUGGGUAGAGGGCGGGUUGCACACGAUAUUGCAUAUAAAGUAACGAUUGAAAGGGAAGUAGACUUAUUAGUAGUAGGAGAACCAAAUAAAAAUAUAAUAAAAGGGGCGGGCUGGGUAUCAGAUGAUAAAGGAGAUGUUGCAGCAUAUGUUCAGAACCGUAAUGUGGGUAUUCGCUCCAUAAAAAAAUUCGAAAGCUAUCUGGGUCUAAACUUUGCCGAAUUUACAAUGUACUGCUGUUACAUAUCCCCAAAUAUAUCACUGCAGGAAUAUAAAGAGAUCGUAGACAACAUUAUGACUGAAAUUGAAGAAAAUCCAAAGGAGAUUGUGCUGAUGGGGGAUAUUAACUCAAAGUCCCCAGAAUGGGGUUCUCCGAUACUUGAUAAGAGGGGAGAAUAUUGGACAGAAUGGAUGGCACAACUUAAUAUGGUAGUAAAUAAUACUGGGGACACUCCAACCUUCAUCAGAGGGGAUAGUAAAUCAUACAUAGACGUCACAUGUAGUUCACAGAAAAUGGCAAAAAGAAUAACGGAGUGGCAUAUCUUGAACGAGGAAGAGGUAAUGACAUAUCAUCAGUAUAUCUGCUUUGAAAUAAAAACCAAGGAAAAGGUACAACGUAUAGAGGAAAACAGAAAACCCAUCUUCUAUCAAGAGAAAUUCAAAUCCGAAAUCAGAGAUAAAAAAACAGAACUCGAAAAUGCAUCACUGGCAAAAUUAACAGCAGUUAUGACAAAUGCCUUAAAAAACAGCAGCUCAUGGGGAAAAGGAAAAGCAGGAGUCUCAGUUCCUUAUUGGUGGAACCAAGAAAUAGAAAGUAAAAGGAGAGAAUGUACGUUGGCAAGAAGACUAAUAACCCGCGCAAAAAAAAAUCAAAGAACCCCUGAGGAAAACCUGAACAGGCUUGCUGACGAACUUAAAAAUCAUAGAAGAGAACUCAAAAAGCUGAUAAACCAAUCAAAAAAAGAAAACUGGAUGAAAUUGUGUAAGGAGUUAGAUGAGGACAUAUGGGGACAGGGGUAUCAGAUUGCAACAAGGUAGAUAAAACAAAUAAGAAUGCCGUUUAACUUAACAAUCGAACAGAAAAAAGAAAUAGCCAAGAAACUCUUUCCGGAAACCACUAUAAAAGGAGAUAGAACUACCGAAAAGGUCGACAACAUCCCAAAAUUCACUCUGAAAGAGCUGAGGGAGGCGGGAGAAAGAAUUAAAACUGGAAAGGCGCCAGGACCCGAUGGAUUACCCCCCGAAGCAAUGAAAAUUGUGCUGAAUGAAGUGCCAGACGCAGUGCUAACUGUACUCAAUGAACUCUUAAGGGAUCAGGAAUUCCCAAAUGAAUGGAAAUUAGCACGACUUAUUAUAGUCUGGAAGAUUGGGAAACCUAUAGAAGAGCCUUCCUCUUACAGGCCAAUAUGUCUAAUAAAUGUAAUCUGUAAGAUAUACGAAAGCAUGCUUAGGAAAAGACUAGAAGAAGAACUAGAAGAAAGGGGCGGCCUGUCAGACUCCCAAUAUGGAUUUCGAAAAGGUAGAUCCACAGUAAACGCAGUCAAUUGGGUGAUAGACAAAACAAGAAACACGAAGCAAAAAUGGGUAGUACUAGUAUUAUUGGACAUAAAAAAUGCUUUUAAUACUGCAAACUGGGAAAUGAUUUUGAGGGCUAUGGAAAGAAAGAGAAUUUCAAGGUACCUCAUUAAUGUUAUUAGCAGCUACCUAAAAAAUAGGAGUGUUCUUAUCUCAAAAAAUGACACAAUGGAGGUCAGUCAAGGGGUACCUCAAGGAUCAGUUAUAGGACCCACAUUGUGGAAUAUUUUGUAUGAUGAUGUUCUGAACCUGGACCUAGGAGAUCAAACCAAAGAAGUUGCCUAUGCUGACGAUCUAGGAGUGUACUGUGAGGCAGAAAACAUAGAAGACAUACAAUUUGUGGUAAACGAUGCCCUUAGCAGAAUUUGUAGGUGGAUGGAGAAACAUAAUUUAGAAAUCGCAGAACAUAAAACAGAACUAAUUGUGCUCAAGGGACCAAGAAAGAGGGAUACAAUCUCAUUCAGACUCAAAGACAUAAACAUCAGACCAUCUAAACGAGUAACGUAUCUUGGAAUUGUAUUGGACGAACGUCUUAAAUUUGGAGAACAUGUCAAAGAAAUUACAAGAAAGGCUGAAGCAAGAACAUCAAUGCUUAUGCGAGUAAUGCCAAACAUGGGGGGACCAAACAGCUAUAAGAGACUAAUGCUAUACGGAGUUACACAAUCGAUCCUACUUUACGGUUCACCUAUAUGGGGAGAAGUGACACAAAUUAAAAAAUAUUUUAAUAUGCUGGAAAGGGCACAGAGAAAAAUGCUAUUAAGAGUUGCAAGCGCUUACAGAACGGUUUCUAACCAGGCAUUACAAGUCAUUACAGGAGCACCACCAAUUGAUAUCAUGAUAACAGAAAGACAGAUACUGCAUAAUACGGGCGCAGGCCAAAACAUAGAAGGCAGGAGAGCAACCAGACUGGAAACAAUAGAAAAAUGGCAAAAAAGAUGGGAAGAAAACCGGGUAACAGGCCAAUGGACUAAAAAACUGAUUCCAGAUUUAAGGGUAUGGUUUAAUUGCAAGUUUCGUAGAGUAGAUUACUUUACCACCCAAUUUCUAACGGGACACGGAUCUUUUAAACAAUACGCUAAAAGAAUGGAAAAAUCAAAUGACGAUCUAUGUAUGUACUGCGGUGAAGUGGAUACGGUUGAGCACACUAUAUUUAACUGCGAACGGUGGAGUAACGAAAGGAUUAGCAUUGGAAUAAAAACUGGAGAAGAAUUGACAGCCAAUAAUAUAAUAAACGUAAUGAUAAGAGACAAAAACACAUUUAACACUAUUUACGAACACAUAAGAGAAAUAGUCAGAAAAAAAGAGAAGGAUAGAAGAGCGGCUGAGAUAUAGGAAAGACAGGCAGUGAGGCUGACGGAAUGUCCUUUAAGACGAUACCGGUUUCAUUGCUAGAGCAGUGAGGUGUUUUAGUGGGUAGAGCAAGCUAGAUGACCUGCGAGUCCCACACUCCCACCAGUUUGGGGUGCGUAAGUGCAUUUCACCUCACCC